AUGGGUAAUACAUGUAGCUGGGGAGACGGAAGGGGUCACAUACGUCUUGACACCGAUACUGAACCCUCAGAGAAUCAUUCUUCCUCAACUCCCAUCGUCAACCAACCGCAUUCUCAAACUCCCAUCUCAAAACUGGCGUCUACUUCGGUCAAUCACUCGCUCACUGCAGAACGACCACUCGAUGGCACCUCUUCCACCAUCCAGAGCUCCAGACUGGACGCAUGUCAGAAUAGGAAAGAAUUUGCCGUAGCUCUUAUCGACGGUGACAAUCUCCUCUUCAAGUACGACCUCAUCAAGGGAGGUAUCAAAGGUGGUUUGGAAGCUGGACGCCAGCUGGAAACCGCUGUGAUUGAUUUCCUGCAGGUAUCUGAGACGCUCAAUGUGACAAAAGGCGAUGUACAAGUCAAUUUGACAGAGAUCAUUCACCCACAAGGAAGACAAGUCCGUAGGAUCGCUCGGCCGAAAUAUAUAUUUGAUCAAGAGCUCGAUAUCAUCGUUCAUAUUUUCAUGAACAAGAAGGGACUUCGAAAGGCUCUUAAUAAUAUUGUGGGUAUCUCGGACAGAGUCUUUGAUGAUUUCUGUGAAGGCUUUUCUCGGUCUAAGCGGCUAUUCACAGUGAUCGAUGUUGGCGGUGUAAAGGAGGCUGCCGAUGAAAAGAUCAAAGCUUACUUGAAACAUUACAUCGAGAUUCCGAAUUGCAAAACCAUAUUUGCUGGUAUCUGUCAUGAUGGAGGAUUCACUUCCACUAUCACCGAUUUACAAUCAAAACCAACAUUCGGUAAACUUCUCCUGUUGCGAGGGCUGAGCAGGUCCGCUUACAGUAUUCAUGCGCUUGGUAUGAAAACGCUUGUUCUUCCCCAAGUGUUCAGUGAUCAUGUGGGAGCUAAAUUGCCGGAUCCUGUCGAACACGUAGUCGCUUCGGCUGUUGAUACCGAUUCUGCGGCUCCAAACUCAACAUCACCACUCAAAAUACGUUCUUCCCUGGUGGACCCGGCAAAAUCUCUCCCUAAGAAAGCUAGCGAAGUGUCAAACAUAUCUCUCCAACAGUCUGUUGGUACGGUGACAAAUUCGAAACCUAAACAAGUCAUUCCCAAAACCUACUCAAGAAGUACCCAAGAGGUUAAGCCUUGUAUUUGUGAUAAGGAAUUACAGAAUGUACGAAAACUGGCAAAGAACCUUCCGUGUUUGAGUUACAAACAUGGUAAAUGUUCAGAUGAGGCGAAGUGUAUCUUCAGACGCUAUAUCGUCGAUGUCACCUUUCAAUGA